AUCUUGACGGCUCUCGAAGAAAAGCUUUCCCGGAGAAGGAAGAGAAACAGUUUUCUCUCUUCACAAAAUUUCGGCCGGAAAUUGUCGAAGGAAUUGUUUUCCGCAGUAGCGUCGAGUUUCUGAUCUCCGAGUUCAAUCUGAAAAAACAAUGGCUCGCUCUUUCUCCAACGCUAAGCUUCUCUCUGCUGUUGUCUUCGAUGGAAUCUCAAACGCUAUCUACAGACGAGGAUAUGCGGCUGCAUCAUCACAAGGAGUUGUCUCGAGGGCGGCGAGAGGUGAAGCAGCAAGAAGCGGCGCGGUGGUGAAGAAAACAGGGGAGGCGUCAACAGAGAAGGUGUCGUGGGUACCAGAUCCAGUCACCGGAUGCUACAGACCGGCGAACACCGCUAACGAAAUCGAUGUUGCCGAAUUACGCGCCAUGCUUUUGAAGAAACACUGAAUAAUAAUUUACGCAUAAAAUUGAAAUCAACCAUCCUUAUAUAUGCUCUUCUAUAACAGGGAUAGGAAUUCAGUGGUUCUGGAGCUGUCCUGUGCAUUUCCUGAAGGAAUUAAAGUUUUACAUAAUUUAAAUUAGAUGAAAGGAUUUCAUAGCUUCUGCUUCUCUGUCGUUUAACCUCUGCAGAGGGGACAAGCUAUAU